CUCAGUUCUUCUCACUCAAACUCAUUGAUAACUGAUAUUUGAUAAGGCGAUGCUAGAUUUGAUUUGUUGUUUAUGAUUAUUUAUGUAUCUACUGAAUAAUAUGAAAAUGUUGCGUUUCUGCAUACAGUAAUCAGGUCGAUUCUUUUCUACUCAAGUUCAAUAUUUAUUUCUACUCAUGGACAAGGUUGGUUAUUGGGAUGAAAGUGAGGUCAAAGGAUUUGACUUCACAGGGGAAGAGUAUUCUAUGUGUGGAAUCAAAAUCAGAAAAACCGCAUGCCUCUCCCAACUGAUCAAAGAUGGCCUUAGUGAACUACCAUCUGCAUUCGGACCGGAAAUGGCUCUCCCUGGGCCGAAAGAAAUCGGUGUCAACAAUCUGCACGAGGUGUUUUCAGAAAAAUCCUUAGAUGCAAUUUUUGAUGCCGACAAUCCGUCAGUACAUGUUUCAAGCAUAUCGACAGAUAAUGAAAAUGAAGAAUUGAGAUAUUUGAGGUGCCAAUUUCUAACUCGUUGGGACACACCUGAUGUCAAUAGAACAUUAACGGAUGCUUUUCUAGGACGACCACAUUCGUUUGAGUUGUUUAAAUCAUUUUCGCAAAAACAAGAACUUUUAAAAGCAGCUGAAAAACUACACGAUGGUGAUUUGAUUCUAAAGGUGGUGAUCUUCCUAUCGAAAACUUUAAAGCCAUCGUUGUUCCAUAGGAUUUUAAGAGGGUCACCUCUCGCAUCACAACAUUACAUUGCAUUCCUUUUCACCAAGAAUAAUGACGAAUAUGAAAAUAUCUUAGCGAUGCUAGGAAGAUUUAAUGAUGCUGCUAUCAGACAGUUUACUGUGCUUUCUAAUAAUUUUCACAAGAGGGGAAAGCUUCAGAACUUUACAAAAACCCAUUUUGAAACAUCUAAGGAUAAGACUCUUGUCAGUAAUUACAUAGAUCUAUUAAGAUGGCAGGAGGGCAUCGCUGACGGGAAAUUGCUCGGCGAAUCUGUAUCUUCGACCCUGUCGUUUUUAUGUGCUGAUCACUGGCACGAGCAAAAAUCAUCUAAACUCUCGCCUCAAACAUUUGUACAAACGAACGGUGUUUAUGACAAACUAUACGACUGGGUGGCUUUUAAUGCAAGAGCUAAGAAAGAAUGCUGGGCAGACAUAUCAAGCCACUUCAUAAUAACGAGUUGGUCGGGUGAAGUGAGACUAAAGACGGAUCUCUCUGUUGACAACCUCAUAAAUCAACUUUGUAAAUUAUCUGCGCCUCAAGAAGUCGUCCAAUUGUACUUACAGUUUUUAGAUUCGCAGGAAAAGAAAAUUGAAGUUGCAAAAAAAAUCAAGCUCCACAAAGUCGCGAUCGAUGGCUAUGUGGCAAUGAAGGACAAACAGGGAUUGUUAAAUUAUGUAGCUUAUCUGAAUCCCAAUUCCGUUGACUACAAAUAUGCAAAUAAAAUUCUAAUGGGUUCUGAUAUCAGAUGGAAAAGCUAACUGGCCUUCAGCCAAAAUUACUUUUUAAAUAACAAGAUUGUAAGUUAAUUAUACAAAAAAUGCUACCAACAUUUAUUUAUGGCUGACUAU